UUGGGACACUAUCAUUUUGGGUGAUACUCUAUUUGAAAAUCAAUGAUUUGUAUUGAACGAGUGAAGAACAGGUGUAUGUUGUUACUGGUGCUGGAUAGGUCUCAAGCUAUUUUCCUGAGUUUCACUACUUGAUACAACGUUAAUUGGACUCUUGUGUUUGCCUUGACCAUGUUGGCAGGGCUCCUGUCCAAAGAGUAACAGGAAACUUUUUCUCGAUUUGGAUUUAUAAACUUCUGAUGUAUCAUGGAUUCGCAGCAUGGCAAGUUGGGGAUUUGGAAUACUAGGCGUAGCUUUCAUAUGUCUGAGGAUGGGUCACCUGAACCACCCUCUAGUCCACAGUGGGUGCAAAAUAAAACAGCAGCCAUGGAGGGCGAAAAAAAAGAGGGCCGCAUGACGGCCGAAGAAAUGGAUUCGAAAAGAAAAGAGAAUGUAGCGUAUGAGUAUCUGUGUCAUUUGGAGGAAGCCAAAGUAUGGAUAGAGGCUUGUAUCAACGAGAGUCUUCCUCCCACAACAGAGUUAGAAGAGGGCCUGACCAAUGGAGUGUUCUUGGCAAAGCUAGCACACUUCUUUGCUCCUGAGGUUGUCUCCCUGAAAAAAAUAUAUGACAAAGACCAGACCCGUUACAAGUCACGUGGGCUGCACUUCAGACACACAGACAACAUCAACCACUUCUUAAAAGGGAUGGAACACAUCGGCUUCCCGACGCGGUUUCAUCCAGAGACGACAGAUAUUUACGAUAGGAAGAAUAUGCCGAGAGUAAUAUACUGUGUCCAUGGACUCAGUUUAUUCCUCUUCAAGCUUGGCAUAGCUCCGCAGAUCCAAGACUUGUACGGUAAAAUCAACUUCACAGAAGAGGAGAUCAGUGCCAUGAGGAAAGAGCUGGAGAAGUAUGGAAUCCAGAUGCCUGCAUUUAGUAAGAUUGGUGGAGUACUCACCAAUGAGAUGCCAGUUGAUGAGGCAGCAUUACACGCAGCUGUUAUCGCCAUCAAUGAGGCCAUAGAGAACCAAGAGCCAGAGGAUACACUGACCUCCCUCAGUAACAAGGAGGCACAUUUGGUCAACAUAUUACCAGAGUAUGCCGACAAAUAUCAGAGCAUACUCUUUGAGGCAAAACACACUAAGGCAGAGAGCUCAAGAAAUAAGUCUAUCGACCCAGAUGCGUAUGAGCCAGAUGUCUAUGACGAGCUGUUGACUCAAGCUGAGAUCCAGGGAAAUGUCAACAAAGUUAACACACUUCAGGCCCUUGAAGACGUCAACAACGCUCUAGAGAAGGACGACAGGGUUGCUGUUGUCAAGGCCAUGAAAUCAAAGUUGCUUGGCCUCAAAAAUAUCUCUGAUGAGAAUGCGGAUUUCUACUAUAAGCAGCUGCAGCAGGAGAGGCAGAACAAACAGAAUAACAAUAUCGAUGACGAGAACCCCAUCUUAGACAAAGAUGAGCUCCAGUCUGCUGUAAAUGAGGCCAACAUCUCUGCUGAUACCGAAGUCCAGAAAUCACAAGCGGUGUUUGCCAUCAACAGAGCUCUCGAGGAUGGUGACCCCACUACAACGGUCAAGGCUCUCAAGAAUCCAGCAGCCCAGCUACCAGUGGUGUAUGACUUUGCUAGUUCUCUUUACCAAGAGGAGUUUUUCAUGAUCAAGAAUGAGAAAAAGGCUGAUCUUGCCUUCAAUGAGUUACAUGGAGGAGUUCGUGUUUUGUCAGCUAUAGCUAAAAUCAAUGAAGCAGUUGAGGCAGGCUCAUCAAGUGCCAUGUUUAAAGCCUUGCAGGAUCCCUUCACCCACAUUGAGGGACUUGAUGAAAUCAACCAGGAAAAAUACCUUGUAAAACUGCAAGAGGGGAGGGUGGAGAAAAUUGGGGAAACCUGUGAUUUACUGAACCACAUGGAAAUCCAGGAGUACAUUGACAUGGUGAAUGGUUUUGUGAAAGAGGAAAAUGAUAAGGUGAAUGCUAUUGGUGUCAUCAAUGAGGCAGUUGACCGAGGCAACCCAGUCGGGACGUUAGAGUGUCUCCAAGUCCCACAGGCAAAUCUGAAAGAUGUCGAUCCUAAGAACGCCAGCCUUUACCAGAAGUUGUUAGCAGAGAAGAAAAGUGAGAAAGCUAAAGAGCAUCAAGAUGAUACUACAGUGCUCUGGUUGGAUGAAAUACAGAAUAUGAUCAAGAAAGCUAAUGAUGACAGGGCGGAGGCAGAAAGAAUGUCCGUGUGUGUUGCUGCGGUUAACCUGGCCAUCGACCAGGAGGACAGCCAGCAGGUGAUGCAGCUACUCACCAGCAAGGAUAUCUCUCUCAGUGAAGUCAACUCUAAGUGUGCCGACGCUUAUCUCAAGGAACUUCUAGAGGCUCGCGCUCAGAAAUCAACACGAGGUGAAUGUGGUAGUGGCUGGGUGAUGAACCGGACAAAACAUGGUCACAAGUUCUACUUCAAUGUGGUGACACUGGAGUCGGGCUGGGAGAAACCAGCAAAUGUUGUCAAAGAUCACUCACUACUCACCAGGGAUGAGGUGCAGACAAUAGUAGGAGAUGUGACAGAAAAGUUCAACCAUGAGGCUAUACUGAGUGCGAGUGAGCCUUUCAUCAUUCAGCUGCAGGCCUUCUCAAGGGGAUACUUGGCCAGGAGAAAGGUCAUCAAGCGACUAGAAUACUUGGAGGAACAGCAAUCGUCUAUUGUGUUAAUACAGUCUGCAUGGAAGGGCUCUAAGCAGAGACAUAAAUAUAAGGAGCGGAAGGAAUACUUAGCUGAUCACAUUCCUGAAAUCAUUCGGAUUCAAUCUUGGUUCAGGAUGUGGAAAGCACGCAAGGAGUAUCUUGCCAGAUUGAGAUAUUUCAGGCAAAAUGUUGAUUCUAUCAUCAAAAUCCAAGCAUUUAUGAGGUCCAAUAAGGCGAGGAAUGACUUCAGAACAUUGAUGUAUGAGAGUGAUCCUCCUGUCAAUGUCAUGAGAAAGUUUGUCCAUCUUCUCGACCACAGCGAUGUAGACUACUCAGAAGAAAUGGAACUGACAAAACUGCGGCAGAAUGUAGUGACAGAGAUCAGGAGUAACCACAAGUUGGAAGAAGAUCUCAACCAGAUGGACAUCAAAAUUGGUUUACUCGUCAAGAACAGAAUCACGCUGCAGGACGUGCUCACCCACAAUAACAAGUUAGGAGACUACCAAAACAAGAUGCAGACGUCUACUGGUGGUCUGAAGGGCCUGAGCAAGGAAAGCCGUGAAAAGCUUGAGGCCUAUCAGCACCUUUUCUACCUACUACAAACUAACCCGACAUACCUGGCCAAGUUGAUCUUCGAGAUGCCAUUGAGUAAGACAACUGUGUUUAUGGAGUCGGUGAUCUUAGCCUUGUAUAACUAUGCGUCUAAUCACAGGGAGGAGUUCCUACUGCUGAAGCUGUUCAAGACAGCUCUAGAAGAAGAGAUAAGCUCAAAAGUUGAGAAAAUGAGCGACAUUACAACAGGGAAUCCCCUUGUGGUGAAGAUGACAGUCGACUUCAACAGAAAUGGUCGUGGUCAGAGUUCACUGCGGGAGAUCCUUAACCCCUUGGUUCUAGAAGUCAUCCAGAAUAAGGAGAUGAAGAUUAAUACUAAUCCGACUGAAAUCUACAAGAGUUGGGUGAACCAGUUGGAAUCUGAGACGGGUAGGGCAAGUGGUAUGCCGUAUGAUGUGACCAUUGAGCAAGCUCUCAAACACCAGCCAGUCAGAGACAAGAUUGAGAAAAACAUACAGGAGCUGAAAUACGCCACUGAUCGCUUCUUCUGUGCCAUACUGAAAUCCCUAGACAAAAUUCCGUACGGCAUGAGAUACAUAGCCAAGGUCAUGAAGAAUGCACUACAUGUCAAGUUCCCUGAAGCACCUGAGAAGGAUGUUCUAAAGAUUGUCGGCAACUUAUUAUAUUACCGCUACAUCAACUCUGCCAUCGUUGCUCCAGAUGCGUUCGACAUCAUCACUGUUGGUGCUAAUAAUGGCUUGACCAAUGACCAAAGAAGAAAUCUGGGCUCGAUAGCAAAGAUUCUGCAGUUUGCUGCAUCUAACAAGGGGUUUGCAAAUGAACCAGCGUAUGGAGGUGAGAGUGAAUACUUGGCCUGUCUCAACCCAUAUAUCAGAGAUGCCCAUGAGAGGUUCAAACAAUUUUUCCGAGCUGCAUGUGAUGUGGAGGAGCCUGAGAUCCAUUUUAACAUCGACCAGUAUACAGAUUUUUGCCUCGUCUCCAAACCAACUAUCUACAUAUCAAUUAAGGAAAUUGUCGACACGCACCAGUUGUUGAUGGAGCACCAGGAUACCAUAGCACCAGACCAUAACGACCCACUGCAUGAGCUCUUGGAAGACCUGGGAGAGGCACCAGACAUUGGCCUGCUUGUUGGAGAACAUGGUGAACAUUCCGAUGCAGAGCGACGUGACAUCCUCUCAAGGACGGAGAUCAUGUUGACGUUAAGUAAUAAGUUUGAGGUACAAGAAGAUGAGAAGAAAGACCAGAAAAAUAUGCUAAUCAGGACCAAGAGAAUGGUUGUGGAUGUGGUACGAUGUCAGCAGGGUGAGACACUCACUGAAAUCUUGCAGAAGCCAGCCACAGAUGCCCAGGAGGACUUCCACCAGGCACUGAUCAAGAGUAGGGAGAGAACGGGCCAGAGGGCUGAUCAGAAAUCAGCUGAGAAGACGAAUCUCUUGAGGGACAAGUCACUGCUCUCUGACACCAUGUUACCCUUAGAAACGAUGAAAAAGAAAAUAUUGUCAAAUCUGCAAAAUUUGGAAUUGUUUGGUAUAACAACGAGGAAGAAUGAUUACCAAAGCGUGGUCAAUGCAAUAGUACAGGACAUUCGAAACCAGAGAAUCUACCGAGCACGUCGACGACAGGAGAUGGUCAAGCUGAAGUCGACACUGAACAGUCUCAACAGUAAGCGGGCAUUUUAUGAGGAGCAGAUCGACUACUAUAACCAAUAUGUCAAGACGUGCCUCGGCAACCUGGCCAAGAAUCAAAGGAAACCGAGAACUAAAUCAUGGUUUGGCAAGGAAAGUGAAGGCAAGGCAAAGAACAUAGCGUUGAAGUAUAAUGCAAUGAAGCUCUAUGAGAAGGGAAUCAUAUUGGAAAUUGAUGGAUUGCCAGAAAACCAGUUCAAGAAUCUCCUCUUUGAGAUCAACUCAACACACGAACCCGGGAUAUUCGAAGUGCAUGCGAGUUUCAUGGGAGUGGAGAUGGACAAAGUCAAAGUGGUGCUACAGGACCUGUUGCAGCUUCAGUACGAGGGUGUUGCAGUCUACAGAAUGUUUAACAGAACAAAGGUUAACGUCAACCUACUGAUCUUCCUUCUAAAUACCAAGUUCUUUGGGAAAUAAAUGAAUGUAAGACGGACAGUAGCAUCUUCCCAGACACCUGACCAGUGAGCACUAAUGAAAGUGACCUGAAUUUCAGCUCACAUGUGUCAGUCUGUGUAGUGACACCUUUAUCUGCCCAACUCGAGUAGUUUUCUGCAUAUGCCGGUUAGCUGUUGAGUAGAAUUUGAAGAGGAUAUUGUGGUUACAUCAGAAAAUACUGUUGAUUAUUGAAAAUCCCAUGCACUUUCUUAUUCAGCAUGUUCAAGUCCAAUGACAUAUUGUUGAGACGUUGAUGUAUUUGCUAAAUGAUUUUAACCCUUGUGUUGUUGUAUCAAAUCGUAGUAUACCUGGAAAGAGAGUAAUAGAUGUUAAUCUUCUCUAUUUAAAAUGAGAGACCUGAUUUUAAGUUGAUGCCAAAAUAUUCGAUAAUUGAGGAAUGGGGUAUGGCUUGUUCAGCCUAUGAUGGGUCUCAAGUGCUUUAAAAAACCAUAGGUUUUCUGUAUGCAAUUGUUUGUAAUGUUUAGUGUGUCAUGACCAUAUAGACCAAAAUUGGCUUGUUGAAAGUACUUUUAAAAUGUUUAGGCAGCUUUGUCUUGUACACAUCAAUCACAGCUUGUAGUUACUUAAGGACAUAUCCAGGAUUAGUCUUGGUCAUUAGAAUCAAUGCAAAAUGUGUAUUUCGUAGUCUCCAGGUCAUGGUACUAGGUGUAAAAAAUACAUGAUACACUUUUAGAUUCUCAGUUUUUCACCAUGAUGUUUGUAUGGUGUUGCUUGGCUGACUGUCAAGACCAAGAGGGACAACCUUAAAAUCUGCCUCUUUCAACUUGUCCUCAUGUCUCAGCUACAUAAUAUCAGGAUUUGAAUAGGUUUCGAUUAAUGAUUUUGAAUUGAUGCUGUUCAAUUUUAAAAGUGUAUCGUGGUUUUUUCUAUACCUAGUACUACAUCUAUGGAGGAAGGUGGGUAAUGCAUGCCUAAUGUAAAGUGUAAUGUUUUAUGGCAGACAUUGCAUCAGUGUUUUGAAUGGAAUUGAUCCAGAUUUUGUCGAACUGAGUUAUUUAACGUUAACAUUGGGACACAUUUGGCAUUUCCGAAAAAACAUUCCAGAAUAAUAAAUUUCCAGGACACCUAUUUGUGCCACUGCCAAGGUAACUUCUGCGUCGACUCUCUGUUGCCAUAUCAUAUCCUCUGUUUAAAUUUGCAUAUUUUCCAACACCCUGUAUAAUAGUUAGGCCCAUCUUUUAAGCCAGGCGCUAGGCCUACUUGUGGCUGUGCAAUUUUAUAUCUUGUAUGUGUGUCCAUUCUAAAUGUCUGUUCAGAUGCAAUUUAUCAAGUGUUUAUGUAAAAGAGGUUUGUGAGGUUUAUUGGGCAAAUUUUAUAUCAUUGAGAUCAGUUCAUGGGCGACGAGAGAGAGAAGAUGUGAAUGACAUUUCUGGGGCCGUGUCAGGACAACUUUCCACUGGCAUCUCACUCCAGCGUGUUGUACAGGGGGUGGGGUGGGGGUAGUGAUUGAUUUGCAGAUGUUCACAACUUGAACUUGACUUCAAGUCACAAUUUUGGCUUGUAAUUUGUGGUUUUCUGUUUCUGAUCAGAUGUGAAUUUUUGUCAGCAGGAUCCUUGCAGUGGGGUUUUUUUGGCUAUGGAACUUAUCCCAAAAAAUAUAUAACUUCAAAAAAGGGACAACAACCAUUUGUUGUCACCAGGUGGUCAUCAGAGCAAAUCUCAGGUAUAGUUGCCAGCUGUUAUGAAUGUGCUUGAAAUUGUACAUAUUUCAUAUCUGCCAGUGGAAAUGAAAUUUCCUGCAUUUAUUUUUUUUAGCAGGUGCCUUUAAUAUCAUGAUCAUGUGACAAAUGGUUUAUCAUACAGUUUGGCUUGUACUUUAACUGUUUUGCCCUUCUUGCAAAAAAGGGCCCUAGCCGUUAUAACAGCUUUUCAAGUUAAAUUUGGGGGGGGGGUAUGACUUGCUUGAAGCCAAUGCUGUCUUUGUCUUCCACCAUGAAUACCUGUAUGCGUAUAUCCCAGCAUUACAGCAAUGUUCUCUAUGUUAUUUAUA